ACCUGCAACUUGUCACUUUGGAUGGAAGCAAUGAACUUUGUAAACAUGCACAUUUCUUUGUAGUUUAGUGUAGUCUGUUGGCAAUAGUUUAACAUAUCUCUUGUGUUUGACUCGUUCCUAGAAUUAAAUUUUUAAUAGUUUAAAACAAAAUGCAUUUUUCUAUUCCGGAUACGCAAGAAUUCAAUGAUGAGAAUGGUUCAUCAUACAUGGGGUACAAUAUACACAUCAAUGGCAUUUAUCACUGCACAGUCCGGUAUAAACAAUUACAUAACCUCAACGAGCAGCUGAAAAAGAUCCACGGCUGUAACAAUGUGCCUGCGUUCCCUCCCAAGAAGUUUCUUCCCCUCUCCUCCGGUCAGUUGGAGGAAAGGCGGUCACUCUUAGAAAAAUACAUCCAAACAGUUGGCCAGACUCCUCUCCUGAUGAACACUGAUGUCUUUACCGGAUUUCUGCUCUCUGCACAACUUGAGUCCAGCGGAGAAAAGAAUAAAGAGAUUCCUUUAGAUGUUUUUCUGAUGAAUGGAUACAGAAUCUCCAUAACCGGCAAUGUCAGUGAAAGUUCCAAUCAGGUUCUUGAGAAAGUGUGCCGUCAAAUAAACCUGCCCCUGAUGUACAUGUACUACUUUGCAUUGUUCCUAGUUGGUCGAGAAGAUGAUGGUGACAUAAUAAUUGUUCGAAAACUUCAAGACUUUGAAUCACCAUACAUAUCACAAAAAUCCAUCCAAGGUUCCAAUAGGCUUGUAUUAAGGAAAAGUUAUUGGGACCCAGCGUACGAUGAUGAGCUGGCCGGGGACAGAGUUGCACUGAACCUUAUGUAUCUGCAGACUGUGUCGGACUUGGAGCGUGGCUGGAUAUUGUGCAACCAAGAGACCCAAGCGCAGCUGGCAUCACUGCAGGCAAGAGGGGCCAAGAAAGAGUACUUGGAGGUAGCACGAACACUCAAGUAUUACGGAUACACACAGUUUAAAACAUGCACCUGUGACUAUCCAGUACCAGACACUCGGUGUGUAGUCAGCGCAGGGUUCAAGGAGCUCAAUCUUCGAGUGACACUGGCCGGCGGGGACAUACGUGAGGGCUCCUUCAAGGUCACACGCAUGCGUUGUUGGCGCAUCACAACGCACAAUGACACAGGAGAUCAGACGGAAGGUGAGAGACACAAGGGUGAGCCGAGCCUGGAGCUGUCCUUCGAGUACCUGAUGGCCAGGGACAGGCUGCAGUGGAUCAGCAUCUUCAGUGAUCAGGCGAUCCUAAUGUCUGUGUGUCUGCAGGCAAUGGUUGAUGAGCUGCUGCUGAAGAAAGUGGGUGCGAAGAUCAAACAGCCAAGUGACUCAGUGAAGAAUGGGUGCUACAACUACAUGAAGCGAGACGGGAGCAAUCACCAGAUCACAGUCAGCCAGUCCAGCUCCUUCGACUGUUUGACCGGUUCUACUAAUGGUCAUGCGAAUUCUCCUACCAAAAACAGUGAACCUACUCUUUCAAUGAAAAAGCUGUCGGAAAAACUGUCUGCUGUCAGUCUGAAAAAUAAAACCCAACCUCUGGUGGAGAACGAUGCUUUCGAGGGGAUCGGAGACGAUGACUUGUAAACUUUCCGAUGCCAUACUUUUGCUCAUUUUGUUGCAUUUACUUCACUCUUUAGGGAAGCACAUGUUAUUCAAAUCUUCUGACUGUGACACUAUUGAUAUUCCAUGAAGACUUCUUUUUAGUUUGUAAUUUGACUGUUUACAGGGUCAAUUUUAUUGUACAUAAUAUCUUCCUUCAAUCUUUUAAACUUAUGAUGAGACUAUAUUUUUGUUACACGUCUA